GCGCCUUGAGAGUCGAGUCUGGGCACAGAGGGGUACAGAAUGGCUGUUUUAUAACUGGGAUCCUCUGUGACGUAUUGCUGCCGGCUCCUUGGCACCUAUCUCUAUGGAACAGUAGGCAGAACGAGAUUGACGCUGACAAGACUUUUACAUCUUGGAAGGGGCUGUAAUCUACUGUAGUGAAGAACAGAGCCUCUCAAUCAGGCGGUGUAAAUACGAGACCGAGGGGAGUCCAAAAGAAAAGGAAGAGGAGGGGAAAAAAGUGUGUGUUGGGAGAAAGCAAGGAAAAGCAUUUUUGGUGGAUGGUAUGAAGCCAGCCAUGGAAACUGCAGCCGAGGAAAAUGCUGAACAAAGCCAAGAGAGAAAAGUGAACAGCAGAGCUGAAAUGGAAAUUGGCAGGUACCACUGGAUGUACCCAGGCUCAAAGAACCACCAGUACCGUCCCGUGCCAACCCUGGGGGACAGGGCUGGCCCCUUGAGCAGUCCAGGCUGCUUCGAAUGCUGCAUCAAGUGUCUGGGAGGAGUCCCCUAUGCCUCCCUGGUGGCCACCAUCUUGUGCUUCUCUGGAGUCGCCUUGUUCUGCGGCUGUGGGCAUGUGGCUCUUGCCGGCACCGUGGCAAUUCUCGAGCAACAUUUCUCCACCAACACCAGUGACCAUGCCCUGCUGAGCGAAGUGAUACAACUGAUGCAGUAUGUCAUCUAUGGGAUUGCAUCCUUUUUCUUCUUGUAUGGCAUUAUUCUCUUGGCAGAAGGUUUUUAUACCACAAGCGCAGUAAAAGAGCUGCAUGGUGAAUUUAAAACAACUGCUUGUGGCCGAUGCAUCAGUGGAAUGUUCGUUUUCCUCACCUAUGUGCUUGGAGUGGCCUGGCUGGGUGUGUUUGGUUUCUCAGCAGUGCCCGUGUUUAUGUUCUAUAACAUAUGGUCAACUUGCGAAGUCAUCAAGUCACCACAGACCAAUGGGACCACCGGUGUGGAGCAAAUUUGUGUGGAUGUUCGACAAUAUGGUAUCAUCCCUUGGAAUGCUUUCCCAGGAAAAAUAUGUGGCUCGGCUCUGGAGAACAUCUGUAACACAAAUGAGUUCUAUAUGUCCUACCACCUGUUCAUUGUGGCCUGUGCUGGAGCUGGUGCCACCGUUAUUGCCCUGCUGAUCUACAUGAUGGCUACCACAUAUAACUAUGCGGUUUUGAAGUUUAAGAGUCGGGAAGAUUGCUGCACUAAGUUUUAAAUUGCAUAAGGCCAAUAAGGAGCUUUAGCGAGCUCUCCUCUAUAGCAUGAAUAUCACUGACCCCUCCAGACUAAAACAGUCUAGGUUUUCUGCAGUGUGGUUACAGUAAUGUGUAAAUAGCUUCAGUUAACUCCUUUUGCACGGUAGAAUAAUAUUACUUACUGUACAUGAAUUAUGAGCACAAGAUCUGGCUAUUUCCACAUUUUGAAAAGGAUUCAGUUAUUUACUGACAUUGGUGCGCAUCCUUUGAGAAAUAAUUUUCUUGAACUUUGAGCAGUAUCUCCAAGGGAAGUAUUAAUGCUUUGGCAUACCUGCAUUUUCCGUUAGUUCUUGCUUGCUUGACAACUGGCUUUAAUGAUGAAAAGGAAAACAAAGUGCUGAAGAGAAAAAUGGAAGAGAACUGUUUUAAUGUGGAUUGCAUUUUGUCAGACUCUCUUUCUAGGAAAUAGUUCACAAAUGAGACUUUUCAGUUUGAUUUAAAACAAUUAUGAUCACGAUUCACUACUAAAUAAAUAUCCCCUCAAAUAAACUAGAUAUGAAGAAAAAGAAGGGUAUCAUCCCUGAUUUCCUUUAGAACCCACAAGUUGGUAACUUUAAGUUGUGUUUUGGUGAGUAGUAACUGUUUUUUAUCAUAGUGAGUUCUCAAAUUGCAUGUAUGAAUUAAACGGCAAGAGAAAUUGGGCCCGGAUCUGAAGGUGUCUGCUAUGUGGAGAAGGAAGUAUGAAAUGGAAAGAAAUUGAGAUAUAGAUUUAUUUUGCAGGGGGAAAAAAAAGAAAAUAAAUGGGGAAGAAGUGUGCCACAUCCACUGUAAAAGAAAUAAGGAGUUUUACAUUGUGUGAACUGAAAUGACAGUUACAAAAUGAAAAAUGUAGUUUCACAACUACAAAUAUGUUAAUGGAGUCUAUGCAUGCUUUGCUUAGUUCUUCAUUUCAGUUUUGACAUUCGUUUAAUUUUUUUCUAUGUUAACUAUGUGGUUUUAUAAUUAUUUACACAAAAUAAAUAUUGUUCACAGUUUCAGGCCUUUGGGGAAAUUGGUUUUUAUCCACAGGUGGACAAGGUCUUUGUACUACAUUUAUUUACAAUAAAACACAGUGUGUUUCUGA